AUUGAACCAUGACCAGGCACUUAAGGAUGGCAAUACUGCUUGUGAUAAGUUUCCCAGACUUUUUUUUUGGUUUCCAUCCACCAUGAAACAAUGUGCACACUUUUUUGUGCAUAAUCCUACGAAUGUCCAGCAGCACAAGUGAUCAGUACACCUGCACGAGCCUCUGCAGUGCAUAACCUCUUUAGGCAACAAAACUACUUGGCUAGGUUUAGGAAAAGAUGGUGGUUUGGAUUCAGAUAUGUACGUUUGUUACUUAACUUAAAAAAAAUGGAGUGGUUAAGUAUGCAAGUUACGUAACGAGACUAACUUGAAAAAGGUCAACGUUGACUUUGGAUUUCACAAGAAAGGACCACGUGGCUGUGAAGAUUGUGAGGAACAUUGAGUGUUUCCGUGAUGUAGCGAGGUCUGAGAUCGCGGUGCUGGAGGAGAUCAACAUCCUGGAUGAUGACAACAGAUUGUGAGUGUAGCUGCAGCAGUCCCUCAGAGUAAAUCCUGGGGGGUGAAUUUCUCCUCUAAAGCCAUUCGAUUUUAUCUAUCAUGUCCUUGUAUUAGCUACGGGCUAACACAACUGCUGCGCCUCGUGUUUAUGGAUCAUUGACUCUCUCCUGCCAGUGCCUGUGUGAGGAUGCUGGACUGGUUUGAGCAUGACGGUCACAUCUGCAUCGUGUUUGAGCUGCUCGGCCUCAGCACCUUUGAAUUUCUCCGACAGAACAAGUUCCUGCCGUUCAACGUGGAGCAGAUCAGACAUAUGGCAUUCCAGAUCUUCAGAGCCGUCUGCUUCCUGCAUCGUAACAAGCUGACCCACACAGACCUGAAGCCAGAGAACAUCCUGUUUGUCUGCUCUGACUACGACCUGGAGUACAACGAUGUGAUGGAGUGUGAGGAGAGGAAACUGAGGAGUUUCGAUGUGAAAGUGGUGGAUUUUGGCACUGCAAAAUUUGACCACGAAGACCAUGAAUCCGAGGUAUCAACACGCCAUUACCGAGCUCCAGAGGUCAUACUGGAUCUGGGCUGGAACCAGUCUUGUGACGUUUGGAGUUUGGGCUGCGUCCUAAUGGAGUUUUACCUGGGACGUACACUCUUCCAGACCCAUGACAGUAAAGAACAUCUGGCCAUGAUGGAGAAAAUCCUGGGACCGAUUCCCCCCCACCUGCUGAAACAGACCAGAAAGCUGCAUUACGUGCACAACGGGCGUCUGAACUGGGACGAGCCGAGCUCCUCUGACGAAUACAUCUGGAAACACUGUAUACCUCUCAAGUCCAUGCACAAGAAGAGCGAGGAGGAGAGUCAGCUGUUUGACCUGAUCGGCUGCAUGUUGGAGUACGACGUCUAUAGACGGAUCACCCUGGAGGAGGCACUAUGGCACCCGUUCUUCAGCCCACUGAGGAUGCAGAAGCCGCACAGCUAGCACACGCAUAAACACACACACACACACACACACACACAAACACACUCAACAUAUGCCUCAAGCUGUUAAGCAAUCCAGUUACUAGACUGUUUGGGUUUGUAGUUCUGAGUUGAUGAGUUGAAGAUUUUCAGUUUCAUUUACAGUCAUAAUAGUUCUACAGAGCAUUCCUGUCUACUUGAGAUCAAUUUGAAAACAUGCCAUUGUGAUCCGUUUGCAUGUCACUGUAAAGAAAGUCAAGUGUAAUGCAGAGUAUUUUUAUUGUGUUUUCCUUUAUUGAUUUUUAGUCAUUUUUGUCAGCAGUUUGUUAAUAAAUAUUUUACAUUUU